CCUUUUACAUUAUUAAAGCGUUGUUCUAAUGACUGCAGCUUGCGGCAGAAUGCAGUGAAGAAAUAAUAGUUAUAUCAAGCUAGCAGCAGCAUUUAGCGUAAUCAUAUCCGCUCUAGGGCAUAAUUUUUUGUGCACUGCGCAGUUAGUUUCUUUAGCAAGCUGGUAAAAUUUAGUAGCGUCACUGCUAUAAUUUCAGCAAUGGAGCACAUCCUGAAAGGUGGAGACAAGGUGCUGGUUUUGUGGGAGGGUCACAUCGACAGUGAAGCAGCCACGGAUCUCAAGCAGAAAGUUGCAGCUUUGGUCAAAAACGCGGAACUUUGUCAUUUCGAAAAUGUGGUGAAAUUGCUUGAGUCUGAACACCCAGGGUCCAGUUUUGAUGUUGUGCUCGUUGGUUUUGUCACACCACAGAUGAGACCAAGUUCUGACACUUUUGCUAACAUUAAUGGUCUCCUAAAGCCAAAUGGGAAGCUUCUUGUCAAGCUAAGUGGAGCAGGUCUGGAUUCUGGCAAUAUUGUUUACAACUUGAAGUUGUCAGGCUUCAUUGACAUCUCCCAGUUUUCAAGCAACGCAGAGUCUGUGGAAAUAACUUGUUCAAAGCCAAAUUAUGAGAUUGGGUCUUCCUCAAAGCUCCCAUUUGCUGGUACAUCUGUUGGAAGCCAAGAGCCCUCUUCAGAUGUAGGCAAGAUUUGGUCUUUGUCUGCACAAGACAUGCUUGAUGGUGAUGUAGAUCUUGUUGAUCCAGACCAGUUGAUUACUGAAGAAGACUUCAAGAAACCAGACCCAAGUGAUCUAAAAGCAUGUGGUGGUGAGAAGAAGCGACGUGCUUGCAAAAACUGCACAUGUGGUCUUGCUGAAGAACUAGACCGUGAAGCAGCUGCAAAGGCUGCUGCCACACAGCAGCCAAAGUCUUCAUGUGGAAACUGCUACCUUGGUGACGCUUUCCGGUGUGCAAGCUGUCCAUAUCGUGGCUUACCUGCAUUCAAGCCUGGUGAAAAGAUUGUCCUUACUGAAGACCAACUAGCAGUUGACUCGUAACAAUCAUGUGAAGAAUAAGUGAACAUCCUAGGGAGAAAAUUGCGUAUGAUGACCAUUGUGGGCAGUUUUGUAAUGGGCCAAAGCAUUGUUGGCAUCUUGCCUAUGCGAUUGUGGUUUAUCACCACAUGACUACUGUGCUACAUUUGUAGUAUCGCUUAAUAAGGUAGUCCACACGUCACGAUUUUCACAUUACGUGUAAGCUCUGUAUACAGCUCUCCAAUGCAAAUGCAUGCAAAUUCCUAUUAUACUACAACAACGUGGAUAUUGUGAUUCUGAAAAAUUGCAUAUAACAAUGAAAUGCAUAAACAUCAACUCAAUUUAUUGCAUCAACAGAACAUAAGUAGUGUAUGCAUAUACCAUAAAAUCUCGAGAGAUAGCCCACCUAAAAUUGAGAGAAACUCGAGUGAAAAUAUGAGGUAGGCGAACUUUCAGUGUGCAGUAAAAAAUGUGUGCAGGUGGGUUAUCUUUCGGGGGGUCGGGGCAUCUCUCGAGAUUUUACGGUAUACAUUGUGUGAGGAUGUCCCAGCAGCAAGUCAGGCCUUUGGCUGCUUUGGUGUUCAGACCAGAGAUAGUCGAACCCACUUAUAACAAUAUUCAAGUGCCAUGAAAAUUCCAUUG